AUGUCACCAAGUCCCCUUCAAGACGAAUAUGUUUUACAUAAAAGUGAAUAUGAACCAGAUAGACAAUAUAAAAGAAAAUAUCGUUGGGAUUAUAUAAUAUUCUUCAUCAUAUUUCAUAUUCAAGCAAUUUAUGGCAUUUAUUUGAUGAUCACGUCGGCGAAAUUACUAACAACUGCUUUUGCUUUUGUUCUAUAUUUGGUAGCAUUAUUCUCCGCUACGGCUGGAUCUCAUCGGUUAUGGUCACAUCGUGCGUACAAAGCCAAAUGGCAAUUGAAAUUGCUGUUGGUAAUUUUCCAAACUAUAGCAUUUCAAGAGACAUUAUACAGAUGGAUACUAUACCAUCGAUUACAUCAUAAAUAUACUGAUACAAAUGCUGACCCACAUAAUUCAAAACGUGGAUUCUUUUUUUCACAAAUCGGAUGGUUAAUGAUUGAGGCACAUCCAGACCAAAUAGAAAAACGUAAAACAAUUGAUAUGUCCGAUAUAAAGAGUGAUCCAUUCGUAAGAUUUCAAAUAAGAUAUUAUUACAGGAUGUUAUUUUUAUUUUUCGCUUUCUUACCAACGGUAAUUCCAUGGUAUUUCUGGAACGAAACUCUUACAAAUUCAUGGUUUGUUGCUGUGCCAUUGCGUUACCUUUUUUCACUACACAUUACAUUCUUUGUAAAUAGUUGGGCUCAUUUCUGGGGAAACCAGCCCUAUGACAUAGGUACAACCGGUCGAGAAACUUUGUUUCUUUCAAUCAUAACGUUGGGUGAAGGGUGGCAUAACUAUCAUCACACUUUCCCCUGGGAUUAUAGAGCCAGUGAAUUUGGUGGCGGUCGUAUAAAUGUUACAACAUUUGUAUUGAAGAAUAUAUUUGGAAAAAUCGGUUGGGCUUACGAUUUUAAAACCGUUUCGGAUGAUAUGAUACAAAAGCGUAUUGAACGAACCGGUGAUGGAUCAUAUUCACCUUCAAUUUGGGGUUGGGGUGAUCGUGAUCAAACAGAAGAGAAUAAAAGUUUUGCUACUAUUGAAAAUUUUUGA